GCCGCAGCAGCCAGGCGCGGAGAUGGGGGUGCCCGAACGUCCCACCCUGCUGCUUUUACUAUCCUUGCUACUGAUUCCUCUGGGCCUCCCAGUCCUCUGCGCUCCCCCACGCCUCAUUUGCGACAGUCGCGUUCUGGAGAGGUACAUCUUGGAGGCCAAGGAGGCAGAAAAUGUCACAAUGGGCUGUGCAGAAGGUCCCAGACUGAGUGAGAAUAUUACCGUCCCAGAUACCAAAGUCAACUUCUACGCUUGGAAAAGAAUGAAGGUGGAAGAACAGGCUGUAGAAGUUUGGCAAGGCCUGUCUCUGCUCUCAGAAGCCAUCCUGCAGGCCCAGGCUCUGCAGGCCAAUUCCUCCCAGCCACCAGAGAGUCUUCAGCUUCAUAUAGACAAAGCCAUCAGUGGGCUACGUAGCCUCACUUCACUGCUUCGGGUGCUGGGAGCUCAGAAGGAAUUGAUGUCGCCUCCAGACGCCACCCAAGCCGCUCCACUCCGAACACUCACAGCGGAUACUUUCUGCAAGCUCUUCCGGGUCUACUCCAACUUCCUCCGGGGGAAACUGAAGCUGUACACGGGGGAGGCCUGCAGGAGAGGGGACAGGUGACCUGCCACUGCCGUGUACCCGCCAACUCGCUCACCGUCACUGUGUCACGCCAACCCUCCACCACUCCCAACCCUCAUCAAACGGGGUUGUUUGUUACCUUCUUACCGGCCUGUCCUACGGACACUCCAGCAGUGAUAUUCUGGGGGCCAGAAGAACUUCCCAGAGCUCCAUUCUGAGCCUGAGGCCCCAGAGCAGGAGAGACUGAGAGAACCAGCUCGGAUUUGUUUAGUUUUCGUUGAGACAGGAAGGUCUCACAUAGCCCAGGCUGGCCUGGAACUCGCUAUGUAGUCAAGGACGACGUCGUUGAACUCAUGACCUUUCUGCUUCCAUUUCUUGAGUGCUGAGAUUACAAAUGCCCUGGCCCUAUUUACGGGGUGCUGGACGUGGAAGCUGGGGCUUCCUGAUGCGAUGUGAGUGAGCUUCCAGAGGCUGACUUAGAACUCAGGGGCAGAGACAGCCAAACUCAUCUAGUGCCCUGCCGGAACUGUAAUCCACGCCAGCCACCUCCCCCCCCCCCACACACACAGGGCAAGCUUUGGGCUCCAAUCUUUGUGGCAUCUACGAAGAACACAGGGCCUGGAGAAUGUAGGGGGCAAGACAUGGAUUCUUUAGGUCUCAUAGGGUUUCCCCAGACAGCACGGGCCCUGCACUGGACAACAGAGGGUCACGAAGCCAUGAAGACAGAAUGGCCACUGACUCUCAGCUUUCAUGGGAGGGAAGGGGUUUGAGGUUUUGUGUCUUUUAAAAAAUACCACUGGCAACAGCCGAAAUCACCAA